AUGAACUCGAGUGCCGAAGAGCUUCAGAGCGGACGCCUGUUCGAUGUUCGCGACUUGGUGGUCGUGGUCACGGGCGGCGGGACAGGGAUCGGACAGAUGAUGGUCCGGGCGCUGGUGGCGAACGGGGCGCGGAAGGUGUACAUCGUCGCCCGCCGGCUGGACGUCCUCGAGACCACCGCGAAGGAAGCCGCCGCCGAACCCGGCCAGAUCGUCCCCGUCCAGGCCGAUCUGUCCAACAAGGCCGGCGUCGAGGGGCUCCGGAAGAAGCUCGAGGCCGAUGAGCCAUACAUCGACAUCCUCAUCAAUAACUCGGCCAUCGGCGGCCCCGAGUUCGACGGCGCCGUGAAGACCGUGGCCGAGAUCGCGGCCUCGAUGUGGGCCGCGCCCGAGCCGGAGGCGCGCACGCUGCUGGAGACCAACAUCCUGGGCUACUUCUACGUGUCCGCGGCGCUCCUGCCCUUGUUGGGGAAGUCGCCCGGCCACCCGCAGAUCAUCAACAUCUCGAGCAACGCGUCCUUCGGCAGACAGGCCAUGGUCGGCAUCCUCUACUCCUGCUCGAAGGCCGCGAUCACCCAUCUCACCAAGAUCCUCGCCACCCAUCUCGCUUCCACUAACGUCCGUGUCAACGCGAUCGCCCCCGGCCUCUUCCCGUCCGAGUUGACCGCCGGCGGCUCAGACGUCCACAAUAAAUCCGUGCUCAAGGAUACGAUGGGGCUCGACAUCCCCGAGGGCCGAGCGGGGAUCGACAAAGAGAUCGCCGCUGCCGUCCUGUACCUGGCCAGUAAGAACCAGCAAUACACGUCCGGCUCGGUCAUCCUCGUCGACGGUGGAGUCUUGAACCUCAUGCCCAGCAGCUACUAA